AUGUUAGCAGACGUUGAUCCUGCCAUUCAAAAAUGGGCCAAGUACGUGCUUGUACUUCUCAUAUGCCAAGUUCCAAGACCCUUUUCUUGGUCGUCAUUUUUGACAUUGAAUCCUGCCAUACGGCGUAUCUUGAGAAAAUACGCAGACGGUGACUUCAUUGCGAAAUGGUGUAACCCAGCAGCAACAAUUUCUUCUCUAAGCAAUGCUAUCACUUGUGCAUUCUUGUAUCGGGCAAGUGUAAACAAUGCUCGGAUAGCUAAGGAUUACAUGCUGAUCUAUCUACUUCUGACAUAUGUUGAAAGAAACUCACCAUCGACGGAAAUUUAUGUUUCCAGGUUCUCAAAGUACAGAAAGUUGAGCCACUACGAUAGUCCAACCCUCAAGAAGUUGUACGAGAACAAAGAGCUUAUUAUCUUUCCCGCCUUGUUCGGUCAAUUGCUUUCAAACUACCUCACGCCUACUCGUCUUGGGCUCAAUAGAAAGUACCAGUCGCAACUUAUCAGAUCCAGAAUAUUGGACCCUAUCUGGAGUAACUUUUCAUUGGGUGUACGUUUCCACUACGUCAACUGGGGCGGGCUAUUGCACAGGUAUUUGAUGCACAAUGCUAUUCUUGCUGCUUUCUUCCUCCUCACCACAUUCAAGACCAAGUUUCUUGAUCUCUACUACAAAGUCAAGUAUGACAUGUCUGAGGAGCUGGUUUCUCACAUCACCAAACAGUAUCUCCUUCAUGCAGCGCACAUGGCCAAUUCCUGGACCAACUUUAUGUAUUUUCCCAAUCUUAUCUCAAUGUUGCUAAUUUCCUUAUCGGCACCAUUGAUGAAACCGUCUAAACUGAAGUUGCUGCUCAAGACUUACAUGAAAUCCAUAGGGUUCACUGCAGCGUUUGUGACGCUUAUAGCUAAUUCGAUGGACUUUAUACCCGACUGGGGUAUCACAAAAGGUGGAGAGAACAUACGUCAUUUAUCCAAACAAAGCAUUGACAAAGUCAACGACUACAUCUUCCAAAUACUCAUACUUUCCAAAUGGCGGAUUUUGAAGGAGAAUCAUCGUCUAUUUAGAGGUGUCAAUUGGUCACGAAUUGAAGCCGCCGUAAUGAGUGUUGGCGUAUAUAAGCUCAUGAGUUUGAAUGAGUGCACCAGUGAUGACGAUGUCAAAAGUGACCCAUUGGUAAAUGCUGUGGGGCACAUUAUGAAUUGA